AUGCUCAGCUUAUUCCGGGGAAAGGCGCUGAGCGUAGCACAGGCAUUGCUCAUCGUAGCACCUGCCUUCAUCGUCUUCGGUUACAACCAGUCUGGCUUGGGCCCUCUGGCUACAUUGGAGAGCUGGGUCAGUGUUUUCCCUGAAAUCGACACAAUCAACUCCACGGGUGCUCAACGCGCCCAAAACUCCACAGCCAAAGGUACCGUGAUUGGGUCAUUCCAGCUCGGUGCUCUAUUUGGAGCCUUGUCGUGUACAUUCCUUGGUGACCGUCUCGGUCGCCGCAAGACCAUUUUCUUGGGUGCUAUCCUUACUAUCAUCGGCGCAGUACUGCAGACCGCGGCUUUUGGAUUGCCACAAUUCGUCGUCGGCCGUAUCAUCCUCGGUCUCGGUGUCGGUCAACUGAGUGUUGCCGUUCCCGUCUGGCAGUCAGAGUGCACGUCGGCCAAACAUCGUGGACAACACGUUGUUGUGGACGGUAUCUGUAUCUGUUUGGGUUACGUGCUUUGUAACUGGAUUGAUUUUGGCUUGAGCAAAGCCUCCGGCGCAUCGCAGUGGCGUAUUCCCUUGGCCAUUUCCCUAUUCUUCUCCCUCGUUGUCGUGUUCUCGGUCUUUUUGCUUCCCGAGUCUCCUCGAUGGCUCGUGCGAGUUGGCCGCAUUGAAGAGGCUGCCAGCAGUCUAGCUGCUUACAAGGGUCUGGCUGACGAGGAUGAGACCGUCCGCGUCGAAAUUGCUGGCAUUGAGACUUCGCUCGAAAGUACGGUUAACAGUGCCUCCCUCAUGGAUAUCUUCAGCUUUAGCAAGCCCGACGAUGAGCGCCUUCUAUACCGGUUCUGUCUGUGCGUCUCACUGCAAUUCUUCCAGCAGAUGUGUGGUGGAAACCUGAUCUCGACAUACGUGUCAACAAUCUUCGAAGAGAACCUGAACAUGGACAGCGACCUGGCUCGCAUUCUGUCUUCAUGUGCCAUGACUUGGAAGUUCCUUUGCAGCUUCAUUGCCUUCUUCGCCAUCGAUCGAUUCGGCCGCCGAAAGAUUUUCAUGAUCAGCGGUACUGGUAUGUGUGUCUGCAUGACUGUCCUCGCCAUCACCAAUAGCUUCAAGGACAACAAAAACGCAUCGAUUGUUUCGGCUGUCUUCAUCUUCCUUUUCAACUCCUUCUAUCCCGUCGGUUUCCUCGGCGGUAACUUCCUCUACUGUACCGAAGUCGCUCCUAUGCGUCUCCGUGUCGCCAUGUCCGCCAUCUCGACUGGUAACCACUGGCUGUGGAACUUUGUGGUUGUUAUGAUCACCCCCGUCGCGCUCGACACCAUUGGAUACAAGUACUACAUCGUGUACGCUGUCAUCUCUGCCUGCAUUCCAAUCUCGGUUUACUUCUUCUUCCCCGAGACCAUGAACCGCAACCUGGAGGCUCUGAACCAUGUCUUCCGCGAUGCCCCGACUCCAUGGGAUAUUGUCUCCAUGGCUCGUCACCUGCCCCAGGGUGAGGCUGCUGAGGUGGAUGUCUGGAUGCGGACCGAGGAGAAGGGUGCCAUUGACCAGAAGGAGAAUGCUUAA